CUUAUUUCAAUUCAUGCGUAAAGUUUGAUCUUCAGAGUUUCAGAAUGGAGGUCUCGGAUAUACAAACUUUCUCCUAUUAAAUUUGAGCGACUUUCCAAUUCAAACAGUAGUGUUCAGACUUCAAAUGCAAUCUUAUUUAUCUCUUGUUCAAAAUACUUUUGGGAAUUAUAGUGAAUAGCUUGGACACCCUUAAUGCUCACCAUCUGUUUGGUGAUAUCCCCAAAUCAUCAGGGAAUUUUGAAUCUCUGAAUAUAUUGAUUGUGACUCGAGGAGAGGAGCACUUGUAACACACAGUCAUCCAAGUUAAUCUAUCAAAUGAACGAACUUUUGAAGAAUCCAAUAUUUGCUACCCAUGCAGUUGUUGCUGCAGGAUCUGCUACAUUAGCCACGGUUAUCACUUACCCUCUCGAUAGCCUGAAGGUCCUUGUACAGGUGGGUUCAGGUGUCAGUAAACAACUCACUGCUGCUGACGUCCUUAAUAGGAUUAAAACUUUGUCAGGGACUUCAGGCUUGUAUAGUGGUGUGGGGUGGUUGACACUUGGAAGAUCAUUGGGUUUGGGAGCCCGCUUUGGUGUUUAUGAAAUAUUGACAGCAUUCUACAAAGAUGGUCGAGAAGACAAUUAUGUCCAUAUCUCUGAGGCUCUGUUGGCCGGAAUUGCUUCUGGAGCAGUGGAAUCACUAAUAAGUUCUCCAUUUGAACUUGUUAAACUCCGUGCUCAGGUUACUUCUGCUUCCCGAAUUCGCAGUUCCAUGUCAGUUGUUGAAAAGACUGCUGUUUCGCCUUUAAUGUCAAAGUUACUACCAGGAUAUUCCCCGGAUAUUAGGGGAUUAAACAACACAGUUGGUCUUUUGACUACUCUUCCCACCAAACAUCCCAAUUUGGUCGCUGCCUUAAAAGAUUAUCCAUGGAUGAUGACAGGGUCUGGGAGACCCCCAUCUAUCUCUGAUGUUAAGAGGCCAUUAGACAUCAUAUCUUUGGAAGGAUGGGGUGCUCUCUGGAGAGGUAUGAGAUCUGGACUUGCUCGGGAUUGUGUGUUUGGUGGUAUAUUCUUUUCAACGUGGAAAUUCCUACAUCAAGCAAUGCUUGAAUGGAAAGCAGUUGGGAUGAAACCCCCACCUAGAUCUGAUGAAGAAAUUGGCCCAUUGUCUCCUUUAGCUGUUAGUCUUGCGGCUGGAUUCUCUGGUUCACUUGCUGCUGCUGCUUCUCAUGGUUUUGAUACUGCCAAAUCUCGUUCGCAAUGCAUUGUGCUGCCUAAGUUUGUAUCUGUGGAGAGGAGGUUUCUUAAAUGGCAACUGCCUGGGAAGAGAUUUGAGAGAUGGACCGGGAUCCACCCUGCGGAUAGGAAUAUCUUAUUUCGGGGCUUGGGAUUGAGGAUGGCACGCAGUGGACUCGCGUCCUUUGUGGUUGUAGGUGGAUAUCUUUUUGCAAUCGAUCAGCUGCUCCCUAAGUGAAGGUAACACGAUUAUGGAGGAAUUGUGAGUUAUCAAGUGCGGAAGUUUCCCUAAGCGGCUACCAAAGAAGCGUUUUUUCCUCUAGGAACAAGCACCUUGGAGGCGACUAUUCACAGAUUAAUGUUGGUUAUACGUUUGGUGUCUGCAUUUCUGGAGGCUCUGUAUUCGUCUUUAUACAUUCAUUCUAUUAACCAAAUGGCCUUGUUUUUGGCUUCAAUAUUCAGAUAUUUUGUACACAAUUUGGCUGUUGAAGAUGUUAGUAAAUAGCAAUAAACAGAAGCGUUGCUUCUCCUAUGAUUCCAUCAUUAGUUGGAACUUGAAGUAGGUACUUUUAGCCUAUGUUGCGGGGCUAUCCAAAAUGUUGUUGCACCCGUGUUGGAUCUUUAAAAAAUAUACUACUUUUGGAGGAUCC